UCGAAAAAAUACUCAUUUGCAUACAUUUGUUAUUCAUGUAUGCAUGUACAAGUGCGCGCGUGUAUAUAUUUGACACACAUACCCAUAACCAGCGUUCACAAGGCGGUCAAAGCACUGCACCAAUGACACAAAAAACAGCAUAUUUUUGCAAUGUAUUUUAUGCAUGCCUGCCACUCACAUAUGUGUGCAUGUAUGUGUGUAAGUGUUAGUUGAAGCACUAAUGUAGCAACAAAUAAUUGUAAUGUAGCAGCUGCUAUGCGCAGCAACGUGGACAAUUGAAAAUUUUAUGAACUUUUUGUGUGUCUGCAGCAAGAGACUCACUGUUGUUGUUGUUGUUGUUGUUGUAAAAUGACAUUCGAAAUGCGCAUAAAAUAGAAUUUGUAAAAUUAUUGACAUUACUUGUGGAAAAGUGAAAGACAAAUUUUAUAUGUUUAAUAUGCAGUGAAUUUUACCCGCAAACUAUGUCAAUGUCGCGGAUAUUGAAAAGAAGGCAAAAUAAACAAAUUCUCGUUGCUAAGCAAUGCUCUGAAGAGCAUCACGACUGACCGCUAAACUAGCCACGUGCACCAAAAACAAAAACAGAGAGAAACCAAAAGAAAAACCUUCAGCAAAAACUCAACAAACUCGCAUUGUAAACCGUGAAAGUUGAAAUUAAGUUAGGUCAAAAGCACUUUGAGUGGGAAAAAACCGCUAAAAAUUUUAGCCCGUUUUGUGUUUUUUAUUUUUUCUGUGGCCCGAAAGUGAAAGUCCAAGUGCAAGUUCAACAAAUUGAAAACUGUAUAAAUAAUAAACACCACAAAAUAAAUUAAUUCAAAUAUAACGCAAAUGCCUAGGGCUAAGUGGUGGGCGUUGGGCAAGCACCAAUUUGGGCUAACUUCAUUCAAAUAAUAAUUAAACACAACAGAGCACACACUCAAUAUGCUGCUGCAGUGCUAUCGGUGUGGCAACAAUUUGCUGCGCAUCACCAUGAUGAUCGUCUUCGGCUUGGCAAAUUUAAAUAAUGGACUUACAUCAUACGUUACGCAGGAUAACAUAAAUAAUGAGUUACACCGAAAUAUAAAUCAAAAUUUAAUUAUGUCACCCGCGUCGGCUGGCAUGUCCGGCCCUAUUGUAACGAAUCAUAAUUAUAACGGACCCGCGCCGCAGCAACAGCCAACGCUGACGCCCAGCGGUCAUGGCAGUUUUCGUGGCAGCUACAGUAGCAGUGGCGCCGCGUACACCGCCUCAUCAGAUAUGCCUUAUCCGCCCUCUUCAAUUUCGGCCUCAUCAACGUAUUAUCAUCAAAAUCAACAUCAACAGCAGCAGCAACAGCAACAACACCAACAGCUACAGCAGUCACAGCAGCAACAACAACAGUUGAGUUUACAACAAAAAUACCAUCAAACAAGUGGGAGUAGCAUAACAAGUUUUGAUUCAGCAAAUGUAAUUGAUGAGCGACAUCAACAGCGGCACUCACAUCAACAUCGGCAACAGCAGCAGCAGCAACAGCAACAACAAGUGCUACAGCUGCAGCACAUAGCACGCCCAUUACAUAAAGUGGUAGGCGUAGGCAAUGGCGGUGGUGGUGGUGAGCACAACAGCCUCGCCGAUGCGGCGCAGGGCAGCUCAGCCGAAAGUAUGAAUGGCGCUUUGGAUGAGCUAUACGCGGCGCCCAUGUAUUUCGGCACGGAGAACUCGACUGUUGUGACGACGCAAAUUGGCGCAAGUGCGCACAUACCCUGCACCGUGCAUCACAUUGGCGAUGGUGUGGUAUCGUGGAUACGCAAAAAGGACUACCAUUUGCUGACUGUGGGAUUGACUACCUACAGCAGUGAUGAGCGAUUUAGUGCCACGCACUUGAAACACUCGGAGGAUUGGACGCUGCAAAUAAAAUUCGUACAACUACGUGAUGCUGGCGUCUAUGAAUGUCAAGUGUCAACCCAUCCGCCCACAUCAAUAUUUCUGCAUUUGAAUGUUGUCGAAGCACGCGCCGAAAUAUCAGGACCGCCAAUACGAUAUCUAACACCGGGCUCUACACUACGCCUGCAAUGUCGUGUCGUGCAGAAUACGGAAGCGUCGGAAUUCAUAUUCUGGUAUCAUGAUAAUCGGAUGAUCAACUACGACAGUGAUCGGGGUAUCAACGUCUCGACGGAUCCAGAUUUCCAAUCAUCGGAGUUAACAAUUCAGCGCACGCGACGUGAACAUUCCGGUAAUUUUACCUGCGUCGCCAGUAAUACACAACCUGCAAGUGUGUUGGUGCACAUUUUCAAAGAGUGUAACGCAUAAAAGUUUUGUGUGU